ACUUUGCUCUUCUUCUUCCUCUUUGCUCUCUCUCUCGAGUCAAAAUUAGGGUUUCGUUGUAUCCAGAGUAUAUAAAGGUUGUGUGUGGAGCUUUUUUCAGAUUCAAAGAAAAAGAUGGAGGUAUUUGGAAAAUCUCCCAUGGUUACAUCUGCCAAUGUUAUUUACUUGUCUGCAAUUCUGGGUCGCGAUUGCGAUGGACCCAAUCAGUGUCACAAAUGUGAUUGGAAAUGUGAGAAUGAAAUUGUUUGUGGGAAUAUGUAUCGCUGCAAACUAACUGGGCUGACUCAUGUCUGCGACAAGAACUGUAACCAGCGGAUUCUCUAUGAUAACCAUAGCUCUUUGUGCCGUGCCAGCGGGAGGAUUUUCCCUCUCUCAUCGGUUGAGGAGCAGGCGGUUAAAGGGGUUCGGAGGAAGCUUGACGCUGUUGAGAGUCAUCCUUCUGAGAGUUGUUCGUUUAAGCGUCGUCGUCGUGAUGCUCAGUUCCAUGCUUCUCCUUUCGAGAGGUCUUUUACUGCUGUGAGCCCCAUCUGCAGCCCAGCUGGAGAAGGAAUGGAGUUCUUGAUGUUUGAUGUCUCUUCUUGUGCACCUUUAGUUUUUUCUUGUGAUUGGACACGAUAUUUAGGCAGGCUUUUAUUCAGCUAUGUAUAUUGUUUUGGCUACUAUUACGCAGAGCCUGACACACCAUGGGUGAUUUCUGUUUCAAAUGUUGCAAUUCAGGAGAGUUUAAUUGUGCUUCUUUUAUGUCCUCUUGUGUUUGUGCUCAGCAGGAAACAACAAGCUCGGUUUAAAUUCAUUGGCAACAUUAGCUGUUACUCCUUAACUGUGAGAAGGAGGAGGGCAUUAAAUAGGUAUGAUGAACUACCCAGUGAGGAUGUGGCCGGCCAACUGUGUUCAAAACUAUCAGCUAAACAUGGUACAAUGUCUUGAGAUUGUUAAGUUGCUGAUGAAGAUAGCUUGUAUAUAAUAUCUGAGGCCCGGAUGGAAUCUGCGCUCUUAUGUUGCCCACAUGAGUCCCACCUAAAUCGCAGUCUUGGUAAGUCAUAGUCCUAGGCUGCAGCCUUACAAAAUACCCUACUCUGAAGUAUAUGUACAAUGAUGAUCUGAAUUAACUCAAACAUAAGAAAAAACUAUGUAAUCUUCAUGUAGAAUAUACUUUCUAGGUUUGC